UUGCGGGCAAUGCGCGCAAACAUAAAGCCUGGAUCUAGUUUAUUUACGAGAGAUCUAAUGACUUGCCCUCUUCCUAAAUUACAAUUCCUUUCAUCAGAUGUCGAUGGAUUUUUGCGAGAAUCUUUCAAAAAUCAAGAGGUUAAUUGGUUUGAUGUGCUAUUAAAAUGUCUUGGUACACCRCCAUUGUACACGACAGUACGAGUCAACACUUUAAAAGUUUCUGUCAAAGAUGCAAAAACUGAACUGAAAGCCAUCUUAGACAAGCAAUGUCAAGAGAAAGACUGGCCAAGUUUCAUUGUCAACACUCAUUCUGAUAUCUCAGACAUACUGGUAAUACCUGGAACUGGUCCAGAAMGAUGUAUUCCUGUUGACAAGGAGAUCAUAGUAGAUGUGCAUUGUGGGACAGCAGUGCUUAGAGGUGCUGAUAUCUUUGCGCCUGGCAUAAUAGGUGCACAUACAGGUAUCCGUAAAAAUGAUACUGUGUCUAUAUAUGUCGAUCUGGAAACCAAAUGCCGAAAAGGAUUUGCUAAACCAUAUUUGGGCAAUAAGCUGUUUAUUGGGAAUGGUGUUGCAGUCAUGUCAAGAAAUGAUGUGUUUUGUGAUGGCCUGGAUGUGAGUGGUGUUGCUGUCAAAAUGACCAGUCCAUUGUACAAGUGUCCCUCUCUGAGUAACAUUCUUACUGGUUUGGUUUUCCCUCAAAAUCUUCCAUCAGUCAUAGUUGGACAUAUACUUGGUCCUCUGCCUGGUCAGACUGUCCUGGACAUGUGUGCUUCUCCUGGUGGAAAAACAACACAUCUGUCAUCUGUCAUGGAAAAUAAGGGCAUUAUUAUUGCUUUUGAUAAAAGUUUACCCAAGGUUCAAAAGAUUCAAGAAAACUGCAAAUGUCUGGGAGUCACUAAUGUCUAUCCCUUUGUAUUUGAUGCUUCCAAAUCAUUGRACAAUAAUCRAACCAUUCCUAUUGCUGAUGGAUGUGAUGUUAUUCCCCCACCAUACCCUCCACUGUCUUUUGAUUGUAUAUUGCUGGAUGGGCCUUGCAGUGCUUUGGGUCAGCGGCCUCAAUCAGUUAUUCAGAUGUCAAUCAAGAGUCUUAGGUCAUAUGCUGYCCUCCAGAAGAAGAUAUUCACAGCUGCUGUUGGUCUGUUAAAAGAAGGAGGCACCCUAGUGUUUUCAACAUGUACUAUUACAGUAGAAGAAAAUGAGAUGCUAGUAGCCUGGGCUCUAAAAACAUUUCCCAGCAUACAUCUGUGUGAACAGAGACCAUACCUUGGAAGCCCAGGUCUUCCUCACUGUGGUCUAUCCGAGGAGGAAAGGAAACUAGUUCAGAGAUUUGAUCCCACUGCUUGCAGCAGUGACAGAAAUCCUUGUGAUGUCGACACUAUUGGGUUUUUCAUUGCGAAGUUUGUAAAGAAGACGCCUUAAAUCAGGUUGUACAAUUGUCAAAGGAGCUAAACGACYGGACAUCUAUUUUGAUAACUCUGCGUACAAACGACUUCUUUUACGAGCAGAUCAAUUAUCUUGGCAUAGUACACCUGCAGGGAAUGGAAUUCAUUUUACAAUAAUUGACUGCAGUGAUAACGUCAAGUGUAAAAGAUUUAGACAAAAUAAUGAGUUAUAGAGACUGAAAGCUGGAGGCUUUUUAACUGAAYACGCCGUAACCCGUUGUUACCAAAUAUUCCUGUAAACCCUGUCGAUCACUGUGCGUAAAAAACAAGGAGGAAGCAUUGAUACAUCCUCAUUGAAAUGUUUUGUAAAGCUGUUUAAGCGAGAGCAACGCAAAUACAAACGCAAUAAAUGAAACUUUCUCUUUUCGUUUUCA